AGGGAAUCUUUGCCAGAUUAGUCAGGGAAGAGGCAGGCUUGUUAGGAGAUAGCACAGGCAUGGAGCAUCACAUGCACACACUGACACCCUUCCACUCACACAUGCACAGUCAAUCAGGCAGCUCUCAGCUGUGUUAUACAUCUUUGAGGAUUACCCCUCUAUCCCUCCAGUAUUCCGCUGGAACGAUUGCAGCCCCUUAGAGAGAGUAGCGGGGCUUUCAAAGCCUACAUUUGAGCCGAGCGAUGAUGAGCAGGAUUUCUAUUGUUGCCUCUCAAGUGUUGUUGUGUCCUCUAACUCAGUUCCCUGCUAUGUCUUGUGGUUGGGAAGUGCAGGCAUGCAUUUUGAUUCUCACUAUUUCACGUUUGCCAUUAUUAGUCCUAUUUCUCUGGGCUUGACAGUUGUUAUUAUUGCAUGCUGCUGUUACUGUUCCUCUGACCAGUGUGUGCAAAAUGUACUAUUUCAGGAUGCUUUCAUGUCUGUCCUUGAGAAAUACAUUUUCUCAAGUGCAUGCUGUAUUAUAUGAUGUGAAUGCUGCUCUGUGUACUGUAUGAGUGUGUAUAUGAUUGAUGCAUCAGUAUUCUGUUCGGAUUGGACAGGAUGCCUUCUCUAUUUCCUCCCCUCUUGUCUUCAGCCGAGUUGCUGCUGCCGUUGCCGCCGCCGCCGCCGCUGCUGCUGCUGCUGCUAGAGCUUCUCUUGCUGCAUGCAUACUCAUGUUUCUGGCCUCUAAUUGCCUUUGUGGAAAAUACUGUGGUUGCUGCAGAUAUUGGAAAGGGAGCAAUGAAAUGGUUGAAGAUAACACAGGAUGCAGCAGGCACCCUUGUUGAAAACCACACACCUAAAAUCACGUUUCCCCCUUCUCAUUUUUGUGCAUGAAGCCUGAGGCAGGAGAGAACGGCUCCCUGGAGGACAUGGAAGAGGACAUCAGUCUGAAGAAGCGUAAAGGCGAUCACCAUGGAGAGAAAGUGCUGCAGGCCGGGCAGGAAACUGGCGAAAAGGUCAAAAGGAAGCGAGGGCGCCCACCAGCUGAGAAACUGCCUCCAAAUCCACCUGAACUCACCAGGACACUGAACACACUGGUCGAUAUGGUUAUCAACUACAAGGACGGGUUGGGACGACAGAUCAGUAAAGGCUUUGUGCAGCUUCCCUCUAAGAAGGAGGUACCUGAGUACUACGAGCUGAUCCGAAAGCCUGUGGACUUCAGAAGGAUCAGGGAACGUGUGCGUAAUCAUAAGUACAGAAGUGUGGGGGAUUUGGAAAAGGACAUUUUCCUCCUGUGUCACAAUGCUCAGACUUAUAACCUGGAGGGAUCUCAGAUCUAUGAGGAUUCAAUUGUCAUUAAGUCUGUUUUUGAGAGUGCGAGACAGAGAAUUGUCACAGACGAGGAGCAGAAAGAGACGGUCAGCACCAGUCACAGUGAUAAUGGCAGCAGAGCUGAAGACCAGUUUGUUCCAUCAGCAGUGAUACCAUUACCCGACCAGCUAAAGAAGGGGGCUAAGGAGGAGAGAAGCAGAAAUACCAUGGCCAAGAGGCUCCACAGUGAUUUAGACAGUGAUGAAGAUCUAAAGGAUAACACCACAAAAGAUGAAGGUUGAACUGAAAGGAACUCCAAUCCUUUUUUGUAUUCUUGUUCAUGUAUUUUCACUGCCACAUCCCUUUUCAUUGGUUUCUUCACUGAAAAUAAAACGGGAAGGGCCACUCAAAGAGAGGAACUCAUGGAAUAACGCUUUUUCAUUUAGAUGACUCAUGCCACUCAAACAUGUCUUGCUGCACAUAGUGCUGUUUGUUUAAUUUAGCUGGUCUUUUACAAUAAUUAUAAUUUCCAUUUUAUCUGCCUUAGUCCCUGUGAUUGCUUCUGCAGAUAUUAUGUAAAAAACCAGUUUCACUGACUGUUUUUAAUCAGUAUAUUUGAUUGUAUGAAAUGCCUUCAUAUGUCUUGGAGCAUGAUUUGUAUAUCUCUCCUGAAGCCGGCUCCUCCAGAGCAGCACCUGCUGAUGAUGUUGAUGUGUUCAGGGUUAAAGAAUCGAAGCACAGGGGAAGAUCUUUUUAAAGAAAAUGAGAUGAAAUGAACACUUCAAGUGUGUUGAAAAUCUCUGAAUGUGAUUUUAGAGAUUAUACAUCUUUGAUUUAAAAAAAAAACAAAAAACAAAACGUGGAGUCAAAGAGACUUAAUAAAUACUAGUACUGAUAGUAUACCUUUUGUCUGCUUCUGAUACUUGAUGGAAUAUGUUUGGGUCUAAUCAAGGGUACUCAAGUUGAACAUUUGUAUCCCUUGUGCUACAGUAUAUUCACAUAUUGUACAGUCUGUGUGAAAAGUAAGUAAAAACUUAAUUGCUUUUCAUUUACUCCCCUAGUUAUUGGGGAGGGUGAAAAACAUCAUUGUUAAGACAAUCCCUGGAAACAUGUAUCACUUAAACACUUGCGAAAUAAAUUUUACCAAAAAGUC